GAGAUGAGAAACGCUUCAAACUCUCUUAGCUAAAAUUGUCAAAUCGUUAGUAGGGUUGGCUCUUUAAACUAACAAGCCCAAUCCAUGAACGCUAACUUAAAAAAAUAAUUUCUUAUUAUUUAUAAAACAAAUUCUCAAAUCGGAAACUCCGACUGUGACGGCGUGGAACCCUCCUAUCCUAUCCUAUACUACACUCUUCGCACUGGUUCCGGUGUCCAUGAACCUACUGGAGAAAAUCAACUUACUAAAGAAGAAGAAGGACCGAGAUAAAGCUACUGCGGUGGAAGACAUCCCAGUUGACUGGUUCGAGACCUCCAAUUCCAUCACACGCUACUACCAAUUCAAACCCGACGGCCACCUCUCUGUGAAGGUUUUGGAUGACUCCAGACCACUGUACCAUAGGGUCGUUGAAUCUUUCUUAAAUAAAUUUUUCCCAUCUGGUUAUCCGUACAGUGUGAAUGAGGGGUAUCUUAGAUACACACAAUUUCGGGCUCUGCAACACUUUACCAGUGCUGCAUUAUCAGUGUUGUCCACUCAGUCACUGCUAUUUGCUGCAGGCUUGAGACCGACUCCUGCUCAGGCAACUGUUGUGAGUUGGAUAUUGAAGGAUGGAAUGGAGCAUGUAGGGAAGCUCAUAUGUAGUAAUCUUGGUGCUAGAAUGGAUUCAGAGCCAAAGCGUUGGAGGAUCUUAGCUGAUAUCCUCUAUGACUUAGGCACUGGCUUGGAAGUCCUUUCUCCUCUAUGCCCAAGUCUUUUUCUUGAAAUGGCAGGCCUUGGCAAUUUUGCAAAGGGAAUGGCAGUGGUUGCAGCAAGAGCAACCAGAUUGCCUAUAUAUUCGUCAUUUGCCAAAGAAGGGAAUCUUAGUGACCUAUUUGCGAAAGGGGAGGCCAUCUCAACUCUUUUUAAUGUUGCUGGCUUAGGAGCUGGGAUUCAGAUGGCAUCUACUAUAUGUUCAUCAAUACAGGGAAAGUUGGUAGUUGGGCCCCUUCUUUCUAUUGUGCAUGUGUAUUGUGUUAUUGAAGAAAUGUGUGCUGCUCCUAUCAACACAUUGAAUCCACAGAGGACUGCAAUGAUUGUGGCUGAUUUUGUAAAGACUGGUAGAAUAUCUAGCCCUGCUGAUCUAAGAUAUCGAGAAGAUCUCUUAUUUCCUGGACGGCUUAUAGAAGAUGCUGGCAAUGUAAAGGUGGGCAGGGCUCUGCACACAGUUGUCAAGCCUUCAAAACUGGAGGAAUUAAAAGAAAUAUUUGGUGAGGAGAAGUUUGUAUUAAAUCGUGGAGAUAAAUGGACUGACAUGGUAUUAGAGCACAAUGCUAGUGGUGAAGAUGCAUUAAGGGGUUGGCUAGUUGCAGCAUAUGCUACUACCAUGGAGAAGUCUUUCCAUGAUCCAAGUACUAAUGUCUUCAUAGAUGCUUAUGAGAAGAUGAACACUGUGUUCACCCCAUUUCUAACUGGACUGCAGGCCAAAGGAUGGCAUACUGAUCGUUUCCUUGAUGGAACGGGCAGCCGUUUUGCAUGGUAGUACUUUGAGAUUCACGAGAAUAUAUUUCUUCUUCAAGGUAAAAGAUUAAUGUUUAAAUUGAGUAGAGUAUAUGAUGAGAUAGUACUGAAUUGUAACUUCCAUUUCUUAGAUUUUGUUGAUCCAAUCUAGGUCAAUGCAAUGAGCCUUAAUUAGCUGAUGUGGAUUAAUUGAAGUAGAAUCAUGAAUGAAGUUAGUGAGAUAAUGAAGUUGAUGCUUAUAAUAGAAGAAAAACCAUUUAUUUA